AUGUCAAGCCUUUUGAGUGGCUCUUCGGCAUCCAUCGAUACCCAGUUGCCUACAUCAACUACUUUUCUCAACACCAGUUCUACCAUCAACAAGCCCUCAGACAUCCCUCCGCUAUCUUCUUCCAGUAUUAUUUCCAGCGAGCCAACAAAAGGCUCAUCGGACGAUGUUGCUCUCGAUGUGGCCCCUAGCACCGCGCAGAGCGCAACUACGCAAACGCCCAGCACUACAGCUUCGGAUUUGAAGGCAGAAGAAACUGUUGGGAAUUCCCCAAUUACUUCUGCUCAAGGUGCAAGUUUGACAGCUGAUGGCGAGACUCCAAUCAUUGCGUUUCCUACGGCAUCCAGCGACAGCAGUCAAACAUCAUUGAUUUCGCCGACUUCCAUCCUACCAACGACCUCAUCAAUACCCACGCCAUCAAUAUCCACGCAACUGUCCUCUUCAACACCAAAAUUCUUUCCCCAAAUUUCCACAGUGACCACAGUUUCGACAGGCGCGGUUCCCACGGCCGCACCAUCUAGCCAAACAACUUCUACUAUCACGAUAUCAUCGCAAACCCAGAUUCAGGCAGCGGCGUUUCAAUCCUCUCCUGCUCGAGUUUCUCCGGCAUCUGGGACCGAAAUUGGAAAGGAAUCCCCAUCCCCUACGUCGUCAAAAUCGUCAUCAACCACUCCCUCUCAAGUUCAAUCGUCAGUAGCCCAGCCCACGGAUGAGUCAGUCCAAGGACCACAAGUUUUCAGUGCUGCCGCUGUCGCCCCCCCUCCCGAAUCUUCGGCUUCAUCUUCGGCUGUUUUACCUUCAUCUACAGUAUCAAUACAGGCGAACAACAUAUCAUCAACUCAGGGGCAAUCCCAAGUCGUCGCAAGUCAGCCAGCAAAUCCGGCCAUCUCAGCCCCCCAAGGUGCUGGUGUUUCAAAUACGCCCAUCUCAACACCAGCUUCAACACCAGCUUCAACACCGAUUUCAACACCGACCUCCAUUUCAUCUUCUACAUCGGAUGCUGGAGCUUUAUCCGUGCCUACGUCUACAAGCUCCCUCCCGCCGGCUUCUACACCAACUAUGCCGCUUAGCGACUCUAUACUAAGCGAAAUACCUUCCAACACAGUUACAGAUAUUGCCCCGAGUUCUACUGGGAGCUUUGCAGCGUUUCCCACGGGUAUCAACACAUUACCUGGCGACUUUCAAGAAAGUGGUCUACCAGGUAGCCAGGCUACUGGGCAGCCGGUGGCCGACCCGGUUGGCUCGAGCUCACGCCCAUCAACCGGCGCCAUUGUCGGUGGCACCGUCGGAGGCAUUGCCGCUGCCGCAGUUAUUGUUAUCUUGCUGUGGUUCUGGAGGAAAAAGAUCGCGGGAGAAAGAAGGGUGUCCAGCAAGGCCUAUACCGAGAAGGAUUCUUCCAAACCAAUGGCACAAAGAUUGGGGGUUUCAACCACAAUAAAUGCUGUCAAGAAGAACAUUGGUGAGAAAUUUGCACCACGCAACGUCAAUAUGAAUAGAGGAAAUUCUCAAUUCCUUGAAGCGGACGCCGCCCAACCUAGAAACGUUGCGCCGAUGCGAACCGGGGGAGCCCAAAAUCCAGCCGCAGCUGGGAGAAAACCCAAGGGACAUAAACUAGGACCUGGCCUAAGCUUCGAUUUCGGCAGGCGGUUUAACCCAUUCUCGGAUGCCAAUGCUUUGAUGUCGGGCACAGUGCCGCCGCCUUCCAGCUCGGUACUAUCAAAUCCAUUCAGCGAUGAUAACAUGGUCUUGCCUCCGCCUGUUUCUGCUUCGACUCGCCGGUCGAGGGGCCGGUCAUUGGGUGGGAUUCGAAGCUUCCACGCCCCGACAGUUCCCCCUCGGCCGCACUCUGUGCACAGAGAGUCAUUACAAAGCAACGAUUCUUUCAUUCAGCGCCGCGAUAAAUUCCGGUCUGAUCCAUUUGACUUGGAGCUAGAGAGCCGCCUUGCUCCACCACCAAACGGAACUCCCAGCAGGAGUAGUUCCGUGUAUAGCAGCCAGGGCCAACAGAACCCCCGUGACAGCUAUACGUCCAAGUAUAUGAGUGGUUCCAGUCUCGGCGAUUGGACCGCUGGCGGAGAUGUUGGUUCUGGUGGCCCAUCGGGCAGGCGAGAUAGCCCUACUAUUUCAUGA